UAAAUUGUAUCGAUCGGCAUAAAGAUGUGAAUCCAGAGAAGACCGCCCUCAUAUGGGAGAAAGACGAACCAGGCCAACAAGAACUAGUUUCUUACAAAGAAUUAUACAAAAUGACCAACCAGCUGGCCAACACUCUCAGGACCAAUGGUGUGAAGAAGGGUGACCGUGUGACCAUUUACAUGCCAGUUUCACCCCAUGCAGUGGCAGCGAUGUUGGCCUGCGCUAGAAUAGGUGCUAUACAUAGUGUUGUAUUUGCUGGAUUUAGUGCUGAAGCCCUGGGGAGUCGAAUAAGAGAUGCUGGUGCUGAGACGGUUAUUACAACUGACCAAGGGGUGAGGGGAGGUAAGACCAUUGAACUUAAACGAACAGUAGACGAAGCUUUAAGGAAGUGCCCGUCUGUGAAGAGGGUGUUUGUUAGCAAACGGACUGGUGCUGAUGUUCCAAUGAAUAAGCAUGAUAUCCCCCUAGAAGAGGCAAUGGCAUCUGAGUCAACAGAAUGUACUCCUAAGGUGAUGUCCAGUGAAGAUCUUUUGUUUAUGUUAUAUACAUCUGGCUCAACAGGCGCCCCCAAGGGUUUAGCACACACACAGGCUGGAUAUCUACUUUACACAUCUUUAACACAUCAGACUAUCUUUGAUUACCAGCCUGGAGAUGUUUACGCCUGCGUUGCUGACAUUGGAUGGAUCACAGGGCAUAGCUAUGUAGUAUAUGGGCCUCUAGCCAAUGGUGCUACGACACUUCUAUUUGAGAGUGUACCAACCUAUCCUGACCCAGGACGUUAUUGGGAGAUGGUUGAGCGCUUGAAGCUAAAUCAGAUAUAUGUUGCACCAACUGCGUUAAGACUUUUAAUCAAAUCUGGCAACGACUAUGUCACUAAAUAUGACCGCUCUUCUUUAAGGACUUUAGGAUGUGUUGGAGAACCAUUGAACCGUGAAGCGUGGGAAUGGUACAAUGAUGUUGUUGGUGACGGCAGGUGUUCACUGGUGGAUACAUGGUGGCAGACAGAGACCGGAGGUAUUUGCAUCACACCAAGGCCAUCUGACCCUGGGGCUGAAAUUUAUACCGGACCCAUGCGACCAUUCUUUGGUAUUGAUCCUGUACUCAUGGAUGAAAAGUCAAAAGAAUUAGAGGGUAAUGAUGUGAGUGGUGCUCUUUGUAUACGUAAGCCUUGGCCAGGAAUGGCAAGAACUAUUUAUGGAAACCAUCAGAGAUUUCAAGAGGUUUAUUUCUCACCAUAUCCAGGUUACUAUUUUUCUGGUGAUGGGGCAACCCGUGAUGAAAAUGGUUUCUACCAUAUUACAGGCCGUGUUGAUGAUGUCAUCAAUAUCAGUGGUCAUAGAUUGGGGACAGCAGAAGUUGAAGAUGCAAUGGAUGAACAUCCAGCUGUUGCUGAAACUGCUGUGGUAGGAUACCCACAUGACAUCAAAGGAGAAGGUGUGUAUGCAUAUGUAAUUUUGAAGGAUGGUGUAACACAGCCUCAACCUGAAAUUCUUGCUGAGCUGAGGUCAGAAGUCAAAAAACAAAUUGCAUCUUAUGCGGUUCCUGAUUAUAUACAGAUAACUCCCGGCUUGCCCAAGACAAGGUCUGGAAAGAUUAUGCGAAGAAUAUUACGUAAAGUGUGUGCGAACCAAUCAGAUGAGCUAGGUGAUAUAAGCACGUUGGCUGAUCCUUCUGUCGUUGAGAUUAUUGUGAACAAUCAUGAACAAGUUCUUAAAGAACAAAAGAAAUAACUGUUGUCAUUGUUGUCAACCAAUGUCCAUGCAGUUCCAAUGUAAUAGUAAACACAAAAUCAUAUGAAAGAAGUAAGUAAAUAUUAUAUUCACUAUAUAUUUGAAACUUUGUGUAUUAUUCAAUAUGAAUUUGUAAUUGCAAUUUUCCAAAGAAUAUGCUGUUGUGAACAUUUGUAAUAGUUAAAUAGAAAAUAUACAUGGGUAAGAAUAAAAAAUAGGCUCAGAAAUAUUAAAGAGAUAAAAAUAAAUAUAUUUUCAAAAAUAUUCAAUUUUAAAACAUGUAUAUUAAUAAAUAUAACUGGACACAAUGGAAAAUGUUAAAGUGCCAUUAAGCAUAGUUUCCUUAAAUUCACUACACUGGAACAGUGUUUUCACUGCCAUCAAUAAUAUUCAUGUGAUUUUCUUCUUUUUGUUGCAACCCACUGAAAAAUAUAGGCAACCCAUAAAGUGUUAGUUUAUAGCAUCCUAUUGUUUUUCUUGUUGCACAGUCUGUGAUAUUAUGUAAGAGUAUUAAAAUGGGGAGUGGGGGAUAAGUAGUGGCAUAUCUUGAGGUGUGAACAUGGGGAUGAUCAUGAUGGAUGCCCAAUGAGGAAGUGGUGGGAAAAUUGUUAUUUCUGUUUUAGUUUGCCAUCCCAGUGUGUGGACAUCUGCCUGUCACUGACUGGAGAAAGCAUGUUUCCAGUUGACUUGCCACACUGCAGCAAGUUUUUUUAGAAUAAGGUGAUAUUAGAUGAUCUUAAUAGCCAAUUUUCAAUGUGAUAUGGUGGGGGUGCUUGGGGGAAUGAACUUGACUAGGACAACUUGCCACCAGCAUUUUCCCUGAACUAUGCUACUGCUGAAAGUGGGAAAUGAAUAUGUGAGGGAGUGUGAGCUACAGAAAGUAUUUGCCAGCAUUAUUUUUACAUAGAAUUUUGUUGUAUAUUCCAUCAAUUGCCAUUUAUCCUAUUUUAUUGUUUGUGUAUUACAGUAUUGUGAAUUAUGUUAGCAUAAGUAACUGUAUUACUAUCCUUGAGUUUAUCUUUGAACCUUGGUUUGUACUUUUUUAUGGAAUUUUAAGUUUGUCUUCAGCAUUAUAAUCAAUGUCAUUAAGUGCUAACUGCUGGGUGGUGGGGAAUGUGUAUAUUUGUCUUACAGAUAUUGAUGAUGGAAUUUUGUAAAUAACUACUUGAAUAAACGAAGAAAAUAGAGUGAAAACAAUAA